UCUUGCCCCUGCGUAGAGCACGUCUUAACUGAUAAUUCUAUCCAGAUGACACGUAUGGUAGAUCUUUACAUUCCUUUCCAACACGUUUUAUAAUCUAUUUCCGCGGUGUAGAGACCGGAACAUAGCAGUACGUAGUGUUGACGGUAGCGUCCUGUUGCUGGUCUGCUCAAGCUGCAGAAACUGUGCUCGUGUAGUCACUUUGAACCAUGACUGAGGCAGAGUUAUACACGGUGUACAAGGGGGUCUACGUGCCCUCAAGUGUGCAUUCUCCACACAGCCUCAAAUACUACGAGGAGUUUUCUUUUCGACCAGAUGAUAUCAUCAUUGCAACGUAUCCCAAGUCAGGUACCACUUGGAUGCAGGAGAUUGUCCCUCUGAUCAUGAGUGGAGGAGAUCCAGCUUCUGUUGAGACUCUUCCUAACUGGGACCGUGUUCCCUGGCUGGAGGAACAAAGGGCUGUCACCCUUAACCUUGAACAGAGGCCAUCCCCACGCAUGUUUGCUACACAUUGCCAUUACAACAUGAUGCCAAAAUCCUUCUUUGAAGUCAAGCCAAAGGUCAUCUAUGUCAUGAGGAACCCCAAAGAUGUGUUUACAUCUUCCUUUCACUAUUACGGGAUGACUUCCUUCCUGGUACACCCAGGCCCACAGAGCGAGUUCCUCCACAAGUUCCUGGAUGGAAAAGUUAUGUUUGGCUCCUGGUUUGAUCAUAUAAAGAGCUGGCUGAAUGCUGAGGAUAAAGAGCACAUAAUGUACAUCUCCUAUGAAGAGAUGAUAAUGGACCUGAAGGACUCUGUGGCCCGAAUAGCUCAGUUCUUGGAGAAAUCUCUGGACGCUGAGGUGAUAGAGAAGAUAGCAGACCGAUGUUUGUUCAAGAACAUGAAGCAGAACAAAAUGUCCAACUAUUCUACAGUUCCUCGUGAAUUUAUGGACCAGACGAAGUCUGAAUUUCUCAGGAAAGGAAUUGCAGGAGACUGGACAAACCAACUGACAGAAGCAGAAGCAGAGUACUUUGAUGCAGUUUACAAAGACAAAAUGAAAGAUGUCAAAUAUAAAUUUGUAUGGGAUUAAAA